AUGGCCAUGUGGAGCGAGGUCCAGCAGAUGCUGAACGGGACGCCGCUGUACAUGUACCAGGACUGCCCGCUGGAGGCAGGUGGCGACGUGGACCACUGGCUGCGCUCCAGCUGGAUCUACCGGGGCGAGGCGGCGGCGCGCGUGCACGUGGAACUGCAGUUCACGGUGCGCGACUGCAAGAGCUUCCCACGUGGCGCGGGGCCCGCCAGCUGCAAGGAGACCUUCAGCCUGCACUUCAUGGAGAGCGACCAGGACGUGGGCGUCCAGCUGCGCCGGCCCCUCUUCCAGAAGGUGACCACCGUGGCCGCAGACCAGAGCUUUACCACCCCGGACCUGGCAUCGGGCGCAGUCAAACUCAACGUGGAGCGCUGCUCGCUGGGACACCUGGCACACCGGGGUCUCUACUUGGCCUUCCACAACCCCGGUGCCUGUGUGGCCCUGGUAUCCGUGCGGGUCUUCUACCAGCGCUGUCCGGAGACCGUGCACGGCCUGGCCCAAUUCCCAGGCAUGCUCCCAGGCCCCGGCGGGCUGGUGGAAGUGACAGGGACCUGUGUGCCCCAUGCCCACGCCAGCCCCUCAGGUGUACCCCGCCUGCACUGUAGCCCUGAUGGUGAGUGGCUGGUGCCCGUAGGGCGGUGCCAUUGUGAACUUGGCUUCCAGGAGGGCCCAGACAGCUCGGCCUGCACAGCCUGUCCCCAGGACUCCUACCGUGCCAAUAUGGAUACCCCUCAAUGCGUCCCGUGCCCCCUGCACAGCUCGGCCCCCUUGAAGGGAACCACCAUCUGUACCUGUGAGAGUGGCUACUACCGAGCCCCCGGGGAAGGGCCCCACGUGGCCUGCACACGGCCCCCCUCUGCGCCCCGAGACCUGAGCUUCUCUGUUUUGGGAUCCCAGCUCUUCCUGCGCUGGGAGCCCCCAGCAGAUCUGGGGGACCGCCAGGAUGUCAGGUAUAAUGUGGGGUGCUCCCGGUGUCUGGGGACCCGCUCGGACGGGGGCCCCUGCCAGCCCUGUGGGGACAGUGUGCGCUUCUCCCCCGGAGCCCGAGGGCUCUCUGAACCAGCUGUGCGCAUAGAUGGCCUGGAGUCGUUGGCCAACUACACCGUCGAGGUAGACGCCCAGAAUGGGGUGUCAGGGCUGGGUGCCUCCCAGCCUGCCAGCUCCUCGCUCAAUGUCAGCACAGGCCAUGCAGAGCCGCUGGCCAGCCUGUCCCUGCGGCUGGUGAAGAAAGCGCCACACCAGCUGGAGCUGGCCUGGACGGGCACACAGCCUCGCAGCCCCACCAACAACCUCACCUAUGAGCUGCACGUGCUGAGCCAGGACGAAGAGCGGCACCAGAUGGUUCUAGAGCCCAGGGUCCUGCUGACCGAGCUGCAGCCAGACACCACAUACACCAUCAGAGUGCGCACAGUGACUUCGCAGGGCCCCGGCCCCUUCUCCCCCAAGCAUGAGUUCCGGACCAGCCUGCCCCCUUCCAGGGGUCUGUCGGGAGGGGAGAUCGUCGCUGUCAUCUUCGGGCUUCUGCUGGGCGUGGCACUGCUGCUGGGCAUCCUCGUCUUCCAGUCCAGGAGAGCCCAGCGGAGGCGGCAGCAGAGGCAGCGUGAGCGUGGGGCGGACGUGGAACACGAGGAUAAACUCUGGCUGAAGCCAUACGUGGACCUCCAGGCAUACGAUGACCCUGCCCAAGGAGCGCUAGACUUCACCCACGAGCUGGACCCUGCCGCGUUGGUCGUGGACACAGUCAUCGGGGAAGGAGAGUUUGGGGAGGUCUACCGAGGCUCCCUCCGGCUCCCUGGUCAGGAGUGCAAGACGGUGGCUGUUAAGACCUUGAAGGACACCUCCCCUGAUGGCCACUGGUGGAGCUUCCUCCGCGAGGCGACAAUCAUGGGCCAGUUCAGCCACCCACACAUCCUGCGGCUGGAAGGCGUUAUCACCCGGAGGAAGCCCAUCAUGAUCAUCACAGAGUACAUGGACCGGGGCGCCCUGGAUGCCUUCCUGAGGGAAAGGGAAGACCAGCUGUCCCCCACACAGCUGACGGCCAUGAUGCAAGGCAUAGCAUCUGGCAUGAGCUACCUCAGUGACCAUAACUACGUCCACCGGGACCUGGCCGCCAGGAACGUCCUGGUCAACGAGGGCCUGUGCUGCAAGGUGUCCGAUUUCGGCCUGACUCGGCUCCUCGACAACUUCGAGGGCACCUAUGAGACCCAGGGGGGCAAGAUCCCCAUUCGAUGGACGGCCCCCGAAGCCAUCGCCCACCGGAUCUUCACCUGCGCCAGUGACGUGUGGAGCUUCGGGAUCGUGAUGUGGGAGGUAUUGAGCUUCGGGGACAAGCCCUAUGGCGACAUGAGCAACCAAGAGGUGAUGAAGAGCAUCGAGGACGGGUACCGGCUGCCACCACCCGUGGACUGCCCGGCCACGCUGUACGAGCUCAUGAAGAGCUGCUGGGCCUAUGACCGCGCCAACCGGCCCCCCUUUCACCAGCUUGAUGCCCACCUGGAGCAGCUGCUGGCCAACCCCCACUCUCUGCGCACUGUGGCUAACUUUGACCCCAGGGUGACCCUCCGCCUGCCCAGCCUGAGCGGCUCGGAUGGAAUCCCAUACCGCAGCGUAGCGGAGUGGCUGGAAUCCAUCCGCAUGAAGCGCUACAUCCUGCACUUCCGCUCAGCCGGCCUGGACACCAUGGAGUGUGUGCUGGAGCUGUCGGCUGAGGACCUGACACAGAUGGGCAUCACGCUGCCAGGUCACCAGAAGCGCAUCCUUUGCAGUAUUCAGGGGUUCAAAGACUGAGCUCCCGGCCCCCCCAC